UCCCGCCUCAUGUGGCCCGGCCCGCGGCGGCCGGCGGCUGAAAGCGCGAGGCGGCGGCGCGCGAAGCCCGGAAGGCGGCGGCCGAGGCCCAGGCGGCGGACCGGAGCGGCGGGAGCGGGCCCGGGCCGGCCCUCGAGCGGCCGCCGGCUCAGCAUGCGCGCCCGCCGGGGGCUGCUGCGGCUGCCGCGCCGCUCGAUGCUCGCCGCGCUCUUCUUCUUCUCGCUGUCGUCUUCGCUGCUCUACUUCGUCUAUGUGGCGCCCGGCAUAGUGAAUACCUACCUCUUCAUGGUGCAGGCUCAAGGCAUCCUGCUUCGGGACAACGUGAGGACCAUCGGUGCCCAGGUGUAUGAGCAGGUAGUCCGCAGCGCCUAUGCCAAGAGGAACAGCAGCCUGAACGAUUCAGAUUAUCCUCUGGACUUGAACCACAGUGAAGCCUUCCCCCCAACCACGACAUUUCUUCCUGAAGAUUUCACCUACUUCGCCAACCACCCUUGCCCAGAGAGGCUCCCUUCCAUGAAGGGCCCAAUAGACAUAAACAUGAGUGAAAUCAGAAUGGACGAUAUUCACGAGCUCUUCUCCAGAGACCCAGCCAUCAAGCUCGGAGGCCACUGGAAGCCUUCGGACUGUGUGCCUCGAUGGAAGGUGGCCAUCCUCAUCCCCUUCAGGAACCGCCAUGAGCACCUCCCAGUCCUCCUGCGACACCUGCUCCCCAUGCUUCAGCGCCAGCGCCUGCAGUUCGCCUUCUACGUGGUCGAGCAAGUUGGCACUCAGCCCUUUAACCGAGCCAUGCUUUUCAAUGUGGGCUUUCAAGAAGCCAUGAAGGACUUGGAUUGGGACUGCCUGAUCUUUCAUGAUGUGGAUCAUAUACCCGAGAGUGACCGGAACUACUAUGGCUGUGGACAGAUGCCCAGGCACUUUGCGACCAAACUGGACAAAUACAUGUACCUGCUUCCCUACGCAGAGUUUUUUGGUGGAGUAAGCGGCUUGACUGUAGAACAGUUUCGGAAAAUCAAUGGCUUUCCUAACGCCUUCUGGGGCUGGGGUGGAGAAGAUGACGAUCUGUGGAACAGGGUACAAAAUGCAGGCUAUUCUGUGAGCCGGCCAGAAGGGGACACGGGAAAAUACAAGUCUAUUCCUCACCACCAUCGAGGAGAAGUCCAGUUUCUUGGAAGGUACGCUCUGCUGAGGAAGUCAAAGGAGCGGCAAGGGCUGGACGGCCUCAACAACCUCAACUACUUUGCAAACGUCACGUACGACGCCUUGUAUAAAAACAUAACUGUCAACUUGACACCCGAGCUGGCUCAGGUGACUGAGUACUGAGAUGUGGAGAGAAGCCGCAUCCGCCUACCCACCACCCCUCAGAAGCGCUGUGGUGCGCCAUCCUGGGGGUCAACACAGGACGAGGACAGAAGGAGAGUGGAGUGCAGGACCGUAGGGUUCCAGAAAACUGUCACAGAGUACGCGCACAAAGGCCUUUGCUGUAGGCUCAAACAGGGACAGGCGGCUUGGGGACACCUCUCAUCAGCACUGGCUUCCUUCCACAAGACAGACGUCUGCCCUGCUGCCCUCUUCUGUCCCCACCCAGGGCCAGGCUAGGUGCCCCUCGGAGAGAUGGAUGGCCGGGCCCAGAGGCUGCCAUGGCAGCCACCCCUGGCUUGAAGCAGGAGGACCCACCACACCACACUGUUCGUUCUGCACCUCUGUGUCUUCUUUGGCUUCAUUUUCUUUAGGGUCUUUCUUUUCUUCCUUCCUUCCUUCCUUCCUUCCUUCCUUCCUUCCUUCCUUCCUUCCUUCCUUUCUUUUCUUCCCCCCCCUUUUUUUUUUUAAAGAAAAUUACCUGCUUUGGUGGGGACUGAGGGGGGAGGGACUUGGGAUGGUAGACACAUUAACAGUCACUUCUUGAAGAAGUGUAAUUGUAAAUAAGCCAUGUAAAAUGCCUUUUUAAAGUUUAAUUUUAUAGCUGGCUCCACUUGAAAGUGAGGGCUUCAUAUAUUAGAUGACCUUGGGGGGCAAACAUAACUGAGUUACCACACAGUUGAAGAACAUCAUCUCCCAAAUCCCUGUCAUUUCAGAAGGGAGUGGACACAGGGCAGAGCAAAGAACUUGUCACUACAGCCUCCCCUCCCUCCCCUCCCCUCCCCUCCCCUC